AAUAAAGUUUUGUGUUAAAAAAAAAAGUGUGACGUCAUCAGACCGCGCCGCUCCACAGUGAAAACACGUGAGAAGAGUUUCCACCCGGGUUAGCUGGAUACUCUCCUUGAUUCAUGGCGUUCAGAGGCUGAUGUUGGGUUAAAGCGGAAACCUUCUUCGGGAUGUCGCUGUUUCUGGUGAACAGGUAUCUGGGAGACGAGGAGGAUGAGCUGCCGUCCAGAGAGUCUCGCUCUCAGGCGCUUCUCACCAAACUGCAGCAGAAGGCCAAAGAGAAGCGGCGGAAGCAGGACGACGGGCAGAAGACCGAAGACGACCCAGACGACGAGGGACCUGGACGACUCGGCAAGAGGAAGGCCGAAGAUUCCUGUGAGGACCAGCCUGAGCAGCAGCAGCAGCAGAAGAAGAAGAAGAAGAAGGAGAAGAAAGGUGGAAAACAGAGUCUGGCAGAGGAAGAGGAGGAGGAGGAGGAGGAGGAGGAGGAGGAGGAGGAGGAAGACUCAGCAGGACAGGAGGGUUCAGCAGACCGUCCUGCUGACACUGGGUUCACGGUCCUGGGAGGGUUUGAGAGCAAGCCGGUCCAGAAGGUGCUCAGGGUUCUCCCCCAGUGGCUCGCCCAGCCGGACGCCAUCCACAGAGACAUCAAGAGCCACCUGGUCCCGGUCAGCGCCGUCCCCGGACUGUGUCCCGGUCUGCUGAAGGUCCUGCAGAAGAACCGGGUCCAGCACUUCUUCUCAGUGCAGGCGGAGGUGAUCCCCGCCAUCCUGCAGGGCGCCCAGCAGGGGGUCCUGCUGGGCCGCGGCGGCUACAAGCCCAGAGACAUCUGUGUGUCUGCGCCGACAGGAAGCGGGAAGACGCUGUCCUUCGUGAUCCCGGUCAUCCAGGUCCUGAUGCAGCGGGUGGUGUGUGAGGUCCGGGCUCUGGCCGUGUUGCCCACCAAAGAGCUGGCCCAGCAGGUCUUCAGAGUCUUCACGUCCUACGCCGAGGGAACGUCUCUCCGAGUGGCGGUUCUGUCUGGACAGAAGUCCUUCGCCGCGGAGCAGGCGGCGCUCAGCGAGAAGAGGGGGGGCGUGAGCCGCAGCGCGGCGGACAUCGUGGUGGCGACCCCCGGACGCCUGGUGGACCACAUCAACAAGAACCCCGGCUUCAGCCUGGAGCAGCUGCGCUUCCUGAUCAUCGACGAGGCCGACAGGAUGAUCGACGGCAUGCACCAGUCCUGGCUCGGCCAGGUGGAGAAGGCGGCGUACGGGAAGGGCGGCGGGCCGGGCGCCAUCUUCAGGAGGACGGAGCCGGCGUGCGUCACGGCGGCCAGCCUGUCCCCGCCUCAGAUGCCUCUGCAGAAGCUGCUGUUCUCCGCCACGCUCACUCAGAACCCCGAGAAGCUGCAGCAGCUGGGCCUCCACCAGCCCCGCCUCUUCAGCUCCGCCCACCAGCCGGCCAGCGGCGCCGCGGCGGGAGACGCCCAGAAGCAGGAGCGCUACGACUUCCCCCAGGGCCUGACGGAGUACUACGUGCCGUGCACCCUCAGUAAGAAGCCCCUCCUCAUCCUCCACCUCAUCCUCCGUCUGAAGCUCCGCCCCAUCCUUUGCUUCACCAACUCCAGAGAGGCGGCCCACAGGCUCUUCCUGCUGGUGCAGCUCUUCGGCGGCGUUCAGGCAGCAGAGUUCUCCUCGCGCCUCUCCCCCGCUGAGAGGAAGAAGGCGCUGAAGGAGUUCGAACAGGGGACCAUCCAGCUGCUGAUCAGCACCGACGCGGCGGCCCGGGGCAUCGACAUCGCCGGGGUCAAGUGCGUGGUCAACUACGACGCCCCGCAGUACAUCCGGACCUACAUCCACAGGAUCGGCAGGACGGCCCGGGCGGGGAACGUGGGCAUGGCCUUCACCUUCCUGCUGAGCGUACAGGAGAGAAGCUUCCUGCAGAUGGUGGAGGAGGCGGGAAGCCCCGGCGUCCAGAAGCAGGUGAUCAAACCCGGGAGCCUGCGGAGCAUGGAGCAGCGCUACGAGCAGACGCUGCAGCGGCUGGCCGCCGCCGUCAAGGACGAGAGGGGGGCCAAGUGACCCUGCUGGAGCUGGCAGAGGGAGCGGACCGCCGUGGACCGCCGUGGACCGCCAUGGACCGCUGUGGCACGCCGUGGACCGCCGUGGACCGCCGUGGACCGCUGUGGCACGCUGUGGACCGCCGUAGACCGCAAAUGUUCUGAGAUUGAAGCUCUGUGACCAGAACCAGGACGAAACCUCAAGGAUUAAAACUAUUGGAGCAACAGCAGGAGACGAGUUUUCAAACACAUAUUCUUCAAACCCCACUCUUUAAAAAAAAGAAUGCUGGCCACGCAAAAUCCCAAGAUGGCGGCCUCAAAACUCAAGAUGUCUGGCUCUCCUGAGUCUCUAGGAGAACCUAAAUGCUGUAUCUCAAAAACCAUAAUAGAUACUGACAUGUACUCGGUACCAAGAUAUCCACAACACCCAACUUCAAUACAUUUAUGUGGCUGAAAACCAAUGCACUUCAAAUUAUUAAGGAAAAACAACUUUUUGGGUAGACAUCUUGGAGUUCUGCGUGUCCAGUGUGAUUUUUGAAAGGAGUGUGGUUUGAAGAGUAUGUACAGGAUUUCAUGCCUGUAUCAAAAUGUGAAGGAUUAUUUCGUUAUCGGCUCCACUGAAAUGUUUUCUGACUGAUAUUUUUCAUCACAUGAGGAAUGCGACUGAGGAAGAUUUCGUUUAAAAUUAGAUUUUGAUUUGUAUUGAAUAAAACAGGAUGAAAGGUAAGAUAAUGUAAUAACUGAUUCAAAAAUUAAAAGAGUGGCUGUGUGAUGAGCUGGUUGUUACAUUAGGAUUAUGACGUUAUGAAAACCUCCAGCUGUUUGAGAACAGCUGCUCAGAUCCUGCUGGGAGUCAGAGAACAUGACCUCUGACCCCGGGACUCCUUCACGCCUCUCAUCAGUGUGUUUAAAGAAACGUCCCUCCAGCACUGAAACACCUCCAAUCAGAAAACCCCAAACCAGAACACCUGAGACCAGAACCUCGUCCAGAACCAGGGACCGGUUCUCCUGCGCUGCUGCACCACGUCUGUGAGAAGACCCAUCAGGACCUCAGGACCCAGACAGGGUCUUUCCCUUACAAAGAGGUUUACAAGCUGACUUUACAAGACUGUUUUUAAAAACUGUUUGUUUCUUCUUUUGAUCUUGUGUCUUUCACACUUUUUUUUAUUUAAAGUGUUUUAUAAAUAAAAUGUGUUUUGAACUGCA